ACUAACUAACUAACCAACCCAUCAGCAGACCGAGUCCACGCAGGGAACAUGGGACUGCCGAGUCACCGAGGGGGGGAACUCUGCUCAGCGACCCAGCACAGUGACUCCGACCGUCCUGGAAAACAAACCUCCAUCUUCUCUUCACCUGGUUUUUAGACUUUUUCACUCGGCAGAAGGACCGGAAGAGAGAGGGAGACGUUCAAUGACAGCCGAGCGUUUCUGACACCUGAGGCAAAUUGAAGUGCCACACCUUCACUUCGGACGACAGCAACACGACACACCUGGCCAAAUGGGGUGCCAAUGCUGCCGGAUGGUGAAAAGCUACAUCUACGACCCCUCAACGGCGGUGGAUGGGCAGAAAAGCGACUCUGCGGCCAGCUCCCUCUACCAGGGCCAGCACCAUGUGGGCGGUGACCCCGGCCGCAACCCGCAGGGCGACCACGUCAAGCAGAAGCAGGGGUUCCACAACCUGGGCUACAGCAAGUCCAACAACAGCACACUCAAACUGGAGCAUGACAACAACCAGGUCAAUCACAGGCUUCACUCGGCGCCGUCACUUGCAAAGGAGAUGCACCAGCAGGCGAGCUCGCCUCCCGCAGGUGGCGGGCUGUACAUCAUUGAGCCAGAGGCCGUAGGGCGACGAUGGAUGGACAUCGAUGCAAGCCAGGUGCCUAUUUACCCCAACGUACAGCAGUAUGAAGACCACAGGAGCUACAGCGAGCCGCAGCACGAGGCUAUGACGAACGGGUGGGACGGCUCCAUCACCGCCUGCAGCAUGGCAGGCGGGAGCCCGUCGGUGGACGAGAUCGACGAGGGAGUCGGGGGGACGCCGGAGCACCUGUGGGACACCGGGGACGAGGGCAGCGUCUUGUCCGUGGACGUCCACACUAGCACCACCAGCUUAUCCUCCGGCGGCACGAGGGACGAGCUGCCGAAGACUGCGGACGUUUCCACUGAGGAGAGCGGUGUCUCUGUGACGAAGAGCGAGGAUGAUGAGGAGGACGUGAGGAAAGAGCAGGUGGAGGUGCAGAGCGUCACAGACUCCAUGGUGGCGGAGGCUCUUGCUGCUUUGGAGGCCGCCACCGCCGGGGAGGAUUCCGAUUGAAAAACGAACCCUUAAAGCUACAGUAUGCAACUUUUACAAAAAAUGUGAUUUUUAAAUAUUUGUGGAAACUGUCACAAUUUUGUGCCGAUAUUGUGAGACAGAUAAUCUGUGAAAAGAUCAAGAUCUUCCUCCUUCUCUCUGAGUUACUAUGGCUGUCCGGUCAAAACGAACCAAUCAGAGCUGGGAGAAGGUCUUAGCGCUGUCAAUUACUCUUGUGUACUCUCUGCUAAAUGCACUGAUGGUGAAGAAUCAUCUUACCACUCCUGGAAAAUUGUUUGUGAUCAUGUUAACUAGCCUUCACAUUCAUGACAGCCUCUGUUGUGGUGGACCUGCAGUAGCGUAGCAGAGCAAAUGGGGAGGGUAUGAGCAGCGCAUACAUGAGAGUGAUUACAUACUAUCUGUCUCAUAUUAAACUGUCAUGACAUAGUGACAGCUUUAACAAAUAUAUAUAAAAAAAAGUUUUCUUUUUUUUUAAAUAAAAGUUACCGAAUGCUGCUUCACAGCAACUUGACAGAACUAUCAGAACCGCCAUAAAACUUUGCCAAAGUUCUGAACAAUGGACUUUUUAAUCUAUGGACGUAAAACAAAUGAAGGAAAAACUCUUUGCUGGACACAGAUUUAUUUUUGAAGUUGUGGACGAUCUUUCCUGUGACGGAGGGAUAAUAUGUGCCUUGUGAAGGAGGCUUCAUUUUCAAAGCUGCAACUAAAGAGACUCCAGUUCCUGGACCGAAAGCCGCCUGCAUCUGGAUCCUGGUGCACCCGACACUCCACGCUCCGAAUACGCCGCAGGUACGCCGACACGGACACGACAUCAGCUGGAUAUUUUAAUGACGUUGGUUUCAUUAUUAUUUCUUUAGCAAACACAGGCCCUGCUUGCAACCUCUUUGGGAAUCCAUCCAUUUAAAGUGCCAUGCAUACUUUGAAACAACCACAAGCUCCAGUGUGUUUUAUUGAUAUUUUAUGUGAUCAGCCGAGACAAAACAGUUUCUAAUUUUAAAGUGGGGAAAAAAAUCUGUUUGUUUUUUUUGUUGUUGUUGUUUUUUUAAUGAAUAUGUGAAUAGUUGGAAAUGCAAGGUUGAAGUAAAUUCUUCAUAUAAUCGUCUUCGAUUACACAUCUCUAAGUUGGGUUCAGGUUGGGACUUUGACUGGGCCACUAUUACACACAGUUAAUUGAUCUAAAGCAUGUUAUUUAAUAUAUUCCCUUGUGUUGAUAAAAGGGAUGAAUAUAAAUGUACACUUUUUAUUCUUUUUAUUCAUUUUUGGUAACGGUUUGAACCUUACUAUUCUGCUUCACUAUUACACAAUCUUUGUUGUGGUCCAACAUAAAAUAUCAAUGAAAUACAUAAAUGUUUGGGAUUGCAACGUGACAAAAUGGAACAAAUUUCAAAGGGAAGGAAUGCUUUUAUGACACUAAGAGAGGCGGAAAGGUCAUGAAAUCCCUUUUUACAGGCGAUUUAUUGUUAGUGUAACUGUAUUGCGUUUUGGUGUUAUUUAUAAAGUCUUCAUCUUUAUCUCACAUAGAAACUGGGAGUAUUUAACGGCCAGAAAAGAGCAGAGUCAGCCUUUAUUUAUAGCUUUUCUUAUUUUAUGUCCUCACUAAUUUCAGAAUAGCACAAGAAAUAUAAAAUCUGGCUGCACUUAUAAAGAGAAAGCAAUGGAAAUAUGAUUCAUGCACAUAAUUAAUCUCAAUUUCUUUUUCAAUUUUAAGAAAUGUGUCUUGUUUUUGCCUUCAUUUCCUAGCUUUUACAGCCAAGGUUAACAAGCCAAGCAAAGGUCAAUUAGCCUCAGUGCACAACUCAACCAGCCUGCUAACUUCUUGUUGUUUUUUCCAGUUUUAAAGGUCAAGCUUUGGAUUUGUUGUCCAGUCUGUGACAUCCGUUCAGCUCGUGUGCCUGAAAACGAGCUAAUUAAGGCUGACUGAUUCCUGAAGACGUAAUCCGGGUGAAAUGAAGGAGAAUCCCCAUUUUAAUCAUUUGCCUGCCAAAUCAUUUCCCCUCAUCGCAUUUGUACCGUAAAACAAAAUCAGUGUAAUAAAGGCUUUGUGAAAUAA